UAAUUGAUCGAUCCACCUCAACUCACUUGUUCAACCUGGCCAACUGGCCAAUAGUCUGAACCGGGUUUGCCAGGCUACAAAGGUAAAGUAUCACCAAUGGGAAAAGGCGAAAAAGGAAAUGCAAACGGAACAAGAAACAUCACCAAAGGAAAGGGCGUUGGAAGGUGGUUGAAGGUUCGGCGAGGAAGACGAAGACUCCGUCAACCAAUUUCCCCCGCCUUCUUCACCUCCUUCUCAUCCUCCUCCUCAUCUUCUCCCGCUGCACGACUCCAAUUCCACCCUUCGAUUCAUUCCUCCGAUUCAAUUCCACCUGUCUCGAGCUAGGGCAUCGCAGCGGCGGCAUUUCCAAUCGGUGAAGGAUGAUGGCGGCAUCUUCAGCGCGGGCGCCUUUGUGGAUCGCGAUGCUGACUCUCCUGUUCAUUUUCUCCGAGGGGGCGACCUCGGAGCAACCUGAAGCGGCAAUGAUCUUGCAAGUGACCGAGAAAGGAGCCGUCGGCGACGGCAACGUCUGCCCUCGAUCAACCGCAGCUCCGACUUCCUGCCCAAUCAACUGCUUCCGCGCGGAUCCAGUCUGCGGCAUCGACGGCACGACCUACUGGUGCGGCUGCGCCGACGCGGUGUGUCACGGGACCAAUGUUGCGAAGCUGGGCGCGUGCGAGGUUGGAAGCGGCGGCAGCGCGUCGCUCCCUGGUCAGGCACUCCUCCUGGUUCACAUUGUCUGGCUCUUCUUGCUGGGCUUCUCUUUGCUCUUCGGUCUCUUCUGAUUUCCACUGUACAAGAAACGAUUGGUGUGUUUUUUCCUGUUUUUCCCCUGUGAUUUGAGGCUGUCAUGAUUGGUGUAGUUGAGGAGAUUUCGAGUGAGAUUGUGUUUUUGUAUGUACUUGAAAAUUCUUUGUUUCAAAUGAAGAACGCAACUGACC